CUUACGUGGACUACCAUAAGCACACAAAGAACGGCAAGCUAACGCCAGUCCAAAACGAUAGCGAGGAGCAGAGCUAAUGGCCGGUCUCAAAAUCUGCAGCCCGUUCCCAUCCACCCUCAACGCGCCGCCGGCUGCCGUCGUCACCAGAAGAACGCACUUCAUCUCGGUCGCCCCACUUGCCGCUGCCGACGAAGACGCCCCCGCCGAGCUCGACGCCUCCGCGGAGUCACCAAUCGUCGACGACGAUCCAUCCUUUGAGACGCGGCUGAACCAGAUCCGAGUCAAGUACCGCAGCGGCUCAGGGAAGAAGGCGGAGCAACGUAAAUCUCGGAAAGCCCCCGGCGGCGGGGGCACGAAGAAGGGCAGCGUGCUGCUGCCUCCGGUGCCUCUGCGGGAGCCGGUGGCAGCCGGAGGAGUGAAGGUGGAGGCAGGAUUUACUCCCUACAGCGAGCGCCUGCACGGGAAGCUAGCCGGGCUGGGGCUGGCGGCACUGCUGCUGGUGGAGCUGGGGUCAGGGCAGGGACUGUUCCGCUACCACUCACCGGCGAUUAUCUUCAUACAGAUCUACACCGUCGCCGCGGCGGGCACUCUCUUCAUCAAGUUUGAGAAGGAGAAGAUCAGCGUCUGGCCGGAAAAAUAGCCGUACUCCCUCGUCAUCGCCGGCAAUGAAACACGACGACGAAGCUUGUUUUGCCAGGAAGGGCUCGAUCCGAUCGAAACUAUUUGAAGUUCUUACUUUGAUGCUAAAUUCAGGUAGAGAAUAAAUGUGUACCGACCAAUCGAUCGAAUAUGAUCAGAUAAUUGAAAACAUAGAAACAAAAGGACUUUCUUGAUGAUUAAAAAUACAUUACAAAGUCACUUAAAUUAUAUUUAAAACUAAUUCUGGAAAUCUAAGAACUCAGAUUAGUAAUACAAGACAACACGAUCAAAUUCCAAA